AUGUUAUCUAAGAAGCGUAAAUAUGAAGAGGAGAAUCGAUCUUUUAAUACAUACUGGGAGGAAGAAUUCCUUUUUGUAGAAAGAAACGGUAAGCCAAUGUGUCUUUUAUGUCAAGUAACUUUGUCACAGUUCAAGGCCAGUAAUCUAAAACGCCAUCAUGACAGUAACCACCGUGGUUUUAAUAAAGAUUUUCCUGUUGGCUCUCAGUUAAGGAAAACCAAACUGAAAUCACUCAAAGAAAAACUUCAUGGUCAGAGUAGAGUUAUGUCAAUGUUUACCAAGGAAGCAGAUUUAACAACUGAAGCUGGCUUCAUCUUGGCUUUUAAUAUUGCAAAAGCAAAAAAGCCUUACACAGAGGGGGAGUUUAUUAAGAAAAACAUGGCUCAAGUUAUUUCUGUUUUAGAACCGGAAAAUAAAAAACUGCAGAAAUUAAUAAACGAAAUGCCUGUUGCUAGACACACAAUAGAGAGGCGAAUUUCUGUUAUUAGUGCCGAUAUUUUAAAUAAUUUACAAACAAAUUUAAGCAAGUGUUUAGCAGUAAGCCUGGCACUGGACGAGUCUACUGAUAUUAAAGAUAUGCCACAACUUGCCAUAUUUGUGAGGUAUUUGUCAAAAGACUUAGAGGUGGUGGAAGAACUCUUAGAACUGGUUACUUUGAAAAAUACUACUCGGGGUUGUGACAUUAAAGAAGCCCUGGAUGGGGUUUUACAGAAAAACGCAGUGCCCAUCGGUAAUAUUGUCAGCAUUGCUACCGAUGGUGCACCUUCUAUGACUGGUACAAAACAAGGGCUUAUUGGACUAUAA